AUGGAGCAGGCCGACGGCUCCUCCGCUGCAAUCGAGAUGAUCCCCGACGGUGACUCGACCAUGACGGCACCGGAGGGGAAGAUGAUCCAGAGCAGAGGGAAGCAUGAGCUAGUGCCGCAGCUGCGGUUCCCCCGGGGAUACCACUUCCUUCCGACCGACCUAGAGCUCGUCGAUGUCUACCUCCGCAGAAGGAUUGAAGGCAAGGAGCUGCCGCUGGACAUCUUUAUGGACGUCCAACUCCUCAAGUGGGAGCCCGCCAAGCUCAUCGCCGAGCGCAGGGCCUACGGCGAGGAUAGGUAUUUCUUCUUCACGAUGAAGGAGUGGCCGUCGAACAAGAAUGGCCAGCCGCGCCGGAAGCUGCGGGUGGAGGGAGUGGCGGCUAGCUGGAAGACGACGGGCGGCGUGAAGAAUAUAUACCGUCCUGGGACGGACGAGGCUGUCGGGACAAUGAGGAUGCUCACCUACAGCUCCAACCGCCCCAACGAGGACGAGGACGAGUACACCAUGAAGGAGUACGUCUUGGAAGGAUCCAAGACGAAUCAGUGGGUCCUUUGCACAAUAAAGGAGAAGGAACGCUGCAAUGCAAAACAAAACAAAGACAAGAACGCCAGUGGUGGUAAAGACGAGAAACGCAAGAGGGGAACUGACACUUGCGUGGAGCCAAAGACGACCAAGAGGAAGAAGACCUCCCAGCCACAGGAAACCCAAGAGCAACAGCAGCAAGAGCUCACAACUGCCACAUCUUACGGUCCGCCACCAUUGCUAGGACAUGAGCAAGAUGAUCAUCACCAAGCUUUGCAGGCUGAAGAAGGCGUCAUGGUGUUUGAGGGGCCAAGCCCGGUGAUCCAAGUCGUUGCCCCACACGGGGACCCGAUUGGUGGAGAUCAGCCUUAUUGCCACGACGCCUCCACGCCGCAGGAGACAACGCCAUGGGAUGGACCUGGCGAACCACCAUUGAUGACGCACCAUCAGCAAGGUUACCAAGCUUUAAUGGAAGAACAGUUCCACGCCCUACAUGAAGACUACAUGCUGGAACACCACCAGUUCGCUGCUAUGGAGGAAGUGCAGCAAGAGUACCCAAUGUUCCAGUAUCAGCGACAGCAGCAACCAUGCAACACACACGAGUUGUUGCCUCCUCAUGGAGGGCCAGAUCCUGGGCUGCCAUCGGAAGAAGCCUAUCCCUACUUUGACAGUGAUGUCGGCAAGAUGAAUGACGCCGCCUCCCCACGAUGCAGCAAUGGCAUUACCAGAUCAAGGGAACAACCAAACUUUGCACAUAUAUCAAUAUGGUAG